CCACACUACUGUAGCCUGCGCAUCCACUGAAAGCAUGGACGUCGUGACAUCCUUCUAUAACGUGGAGAAGGAUCAAAACCCAGAGAGACUCAAGCAAGUGCCGCUACCUGUCGUCAGUCCGAUCCCUGGAGACGUCGUGGCGCUUUUGGCGGGCGCCAACCUCAAGUGGGAUGCCUUGCCUAGAACUGCCAAGAACGCAGUGCUAUGGUCGCUGGGGUACGUUCGCUAUGGCAGUGAGGCCGAGUAUACUCGUGUGCUGGCGCUGUGUCCAUCGGGAAGUAGCGCGACAGUCACGAUGGAUUCCAUCCAAGUAUCUGACAAGGCUGUCGCAUGCGACACGGUAUACUCAUAUUGUGGGUACAGCAAGUGGAUCAACAAAGCGUGCUCGGCGUUCUCCCCGUCGUUGGCCAAGUGCGCCAUCAACACCUCCGCCGUCAGCUCCCGCGUCGGCAGCACCAAAACCAGCGUGUACUGGGGCUACACCGUCGACAAUUACCCGUUGCCUCCGGACGUGACCCUGCUGAAGAACGAUCCGUUGGCCACUUCGAUUCCAUACUCCAUCCACAUCCAGCCCGUCGCCGACUUGUGCGCCACCACGUCGGUCCUCGCUUCGACCGUUCCGUGCAUCAACUACACCCCUCUCCUGUCAUCCACAUGCGCUAUCGCACCGUCCAUGAAAAUGCAAGCGUGGCUGACCGAACUCAGUCAAGCGACCACGCUGCCUCCAACCCCACUGUCCACAUCCACCCCGCCAUCCCCCGUCAUCUCUCCCUCCACUACACCAGUCCAAUAUGAUGGCAACUCGUUGGUCCUGGGUCUGGCAGGUGGCGGCGGCGGGGCCCUCGUGCUGGUGAUGCUGCUUGCGUUGUUCUGUUUCUACCGUCGUAAGGCUAAUAAACGGGCUUCUCCACCCACAGGGACGACCGCCACGUCGAUCGGCAGCAACAAAAGCUGCCACUCGCACGUGUCUAGCUCGAAAGGGAUGUCCACGACGGACAUGGACCAGUCCAACGACCGGCUGUGCGCGACGGCGCCAGUGCUCAAGUCGUUCCAAGUGGACCCAGCGAUCAGCUUCAAACGACUGGACUACGUGUCUCUAGUGUUUGAGCGCCAUCUGGCUACGUCCACGUCGCCGCUGUAUGACGUAUGGCUCGGCCACGUCGAUCGAGAUGUAGUUGCCAUCAAGCAGCUGGCGCCUUCGUAUCGGUGCAAAAAGGGCAUUGUACACUUUGCGUCGUCCGUGCGACUCAUGGUGACGCUGGACCACCCAAAUAUCACGAGCGUCGUGGGCGUCGGCUGGGAUAUGCUCGAACAUCUGUGCCUCGUCACAGAGUUUAUGGACCGCGGCAGCCUUCGCGAGAACCUCGACACCCAGGCCAAGAUGACUACGGCGGCGUCAUCAAGUCGUGUGGAGGGCGAGUGGAGCUGGAAACGUACCAAGCUCAACGUUGCCAUGGACGUGGCCAAAGCCAUGGUGUACCUGCACACGCUCGAAGUCCCGCUGGUGCACGCCGCGCUCACGUCAUCCAAUGUGUUGCUAAACUGCGACGAGGUUGCGAAAUUGAGUGCGUUUGCCGUGCAGCCGUACCCGCUGCCAGCGUCGUUUGGAGCCGUGUCGUCCAAAUGGGAAUGGGUCGCGCCCGAAGUGCUCUCUGGGCAGCCCACAACCCCCGCCUCGGACGUGUACGCCUUCGGAGUCGUCCUCACGGAGCUAGACACCCUUGCGUACCCGUAUGCACCCACCACCAUAUCGCAGCGGUCCACAAUAUUGUCGGACAAAUCCAGAGAUGAGACAGGGGAUAAUGCCCGACAAAAGAUGCAGAGCAUCGUGCACGACAACCUCCGACCGGCGCUGUCGCCCACGGCUCCGCCAGCCCUGCGCGACUUGGUCGAGCUCUGUUUGCACUCGGAUCCGUCCCAACGCCCCUCGGCCAUGAUGCUGAUUUACCAUUUACGUAGCAAAGUUAAAGUGUUUGAAUUGUAGUGUGGUAUUGGCUUACGGGAAUUUUAACGCUAGAGUUCUUGGUCA